GGUCGAGGGAGGGCGUUUUCUGUCAUCUGAUGUAGCAUUUCCUUCGCUCUCCCUCCUCGCUCUCUCUCUCAUUCCUAAUUGCGCACAGCUGUGUAAUGCAUUAGCCUCUUUUCUUUCAAGAGAAGUAAAACGUUUGAAUGUGAGCUUUUUAUGAAGAUGUGCAUUUAACGGUGCAAGAAGUCAAAUGAACUGGUUGGGAAGAGCAUUUGCCUUUUUCUGUUGCUUAUAAUUUUAGUGUGUUAGAUAUUGCACUAACCUAGAAGAACGACAUGGAUCUUUCAUUUAUGGCUGCGCAGAUUCCUGUAAUAGGAGGGGCCUUUAUGGAUUCCCCCAAUGAUGAUUACAGUGUGGAUCACUCUUUGUUUAAUUCCUCAGCCAGCGUCCAUGCAGCUGCUCUCACAGCCCAGAACCAACAGGAAGAGUCGCAGCCCGUCUCCAGUGAUGCCAUCUGGUUAUGGAUUGCAAUCAUCGCUACCAUUGGAAAUAUCGUUGUUGUAGGGGUAGUGUAUGCCUUUACAUUUUAAAUACAAGAACACAACCAGAGUGUCCACCUGUGGAUAAGCUGGAAUAGCAUCCCAAUCAGAACUUUGAACUGAGAAGGAUAUUACCAAUUGCACCGAAACAUUAUUAAAAGACCAAUGAUGCUGGCAAGCCAGAUUGGCGUGUAUGACAUGUAUUACACAUGGUAUUACUUUACAGAUGUUUACAGAUGGUCACUUUAUUCUGAGGAAAAGAGGUGAAUUAUGGACUUUAUUUAAAAAUAUAUAUAUACAUUUUAACAUUCCAAAGAAAUUGAUGGAAAUUAAAUGUUUGUGUUCCCCGAAAAUGAGAAAAAUGAAUAAUGUGAACUACCUGAAUAAAUCAGUGCAGAUUGUGACAA